AUGCGGCCCGACCCACGCUCGGCCAUGAGCGGACCAAACGCCUGGCCUAGCAGGAACGGGGCCGUGAGGUUGAUCGCCAUCGUGGCGUCCCAGUCCGCCGGGGAUAUGUCGUCCAUGUGCGGCCGCAGGUUGAUGCCCGCCGCGUUGACUAAAAUGUCCGGCACCCCGAAGUCGGCGAGGACGGUCGCCGUUGCUCGUUCGAGGGCCGCGCGGUCGGCGAGUGUCGUCGAGGGGCUGAGGGUUUCGCGCGAUGAGGAUGAUGCGCGCCCCGGCUUGGCCGAGUGCGGAGGCGAUGCCGCGCCCGAUGCCGGCACUACCUCCCGUUACUACGGCGGUUUGGCCCGCGAGCCCGAAGAGGCGCUCGAGGUAUGA